AUCUUCGUGGACUAUUGACAGACGCUGCGAAGCCUCGACACAGAAGGACACAUCACUAACAGGAGAAGCUCACUGUGCUCUGUGGAGAAAGGCCUCAAAGUGAUGACUUUUAUAGAAUGAGCUACAUAAAGAAAUGAGAUGAAAAGGCAGAAUUCCCCUCACAGACAGAAUGAAAGCAGAGCAAGAGGAGGAACUUUCUCCUUUCAUGGAAAACGAGGGACGACACAAACUACUGUAUGCUGCUUUUAACCCUGAAGUCCGACUGAACAGAUUAGAUGUCCAGCAGCAGUUGGUUAAAGAAGAGGUCCCCCCUGAGUGGAGCCCCAGCCUGGACCAGGAGGACCCAGAGCUCCUCCAGAUUAAAGGGGAACAGGAAGAACUCCGGAUCAGUCCAGAGGGAGAGCAGCAUAAUGGUCUGGAGGAGGCCGACAUCACCAGGUUUCCAUUCACUGUGGUUCAUGUGAAGUGUGAAGAUGAAGAAGAGAAAUGUGAGAGCUCACUGCUUCAUCACAGCCAAGCGGAGGACAACAGAGAGGCAGAGCGUCCAGCCGGCUCAGCUGUGCAGAUAAAACCAGAAACUGAUGGAGAGGACUGUGAAGGAUCAGAACCAGCCAGGAAGAGAGAACCAGACAGUCAUUCACAACCAAACACUGAUGAUGAAAAGACUUCAGUCUCUCCUAAGACGGAAAUCCAUUAUGGUGACUGGCAAGACCCUUUGUCAGAUUCUGAACCUGAACCUGAAGACAGUGAUGAUGACUGGAUGGAUACCAGGUCACCUGGGUCUGCUGUUAAUGCUCUGAAAGAUGAGGAAGCUCCUGUAAGUGACGUGACAUCUAACACUGAGAAAAAGUCAUGUAGCCUCACCAGCAGCUUGGAUAGUAAAACAUGUGUUAGAGUGAAGCAAAAGUCAAACACCCAGACGAGAGUUCCCUCAGGAGAGAAACGAUUUGUUUGUGAUGAAUGUGGGAAAAGAUUUACACAGCAGGGAAAUCUGAAGUCACACAUGAGAAUUCACACAGGAGAGAAACCAUUUGGUUGUGAUGUUUGUGGAAAAAGAUUUACAGAGCAUGGAAGUCUGAAGAAGCACAUAAGAAUUCACACAGGAGAGAAACCAUUUGGUUGUGAUGAUUGUAGGCAGAGAUUUACACAUCAGGGAAGUCUGAUGUCACACAUGAGAGUUCACACAGGAGAGAAACGAUUUGGUUGUGAUGAUUGUGGGAAAAAGUUCAGACAUCGGGAAAAUCUGAAGAGUCACAGGAGAAUCCACACAGGAGAGAAACCAUUUGGUUGUGAUGUUUGUGGGAAAACAUUUACAGAGCAGGGAAGUCUGAAGUCACACAUGAGAAUUCACACAGGAGAGCAACCAUUUGGUUGUGAUUUUUGUGGGAAAAGAUUUACAGAGCAGGGAAGUCUGAAGUCACACAUGAGAGUGCACACAGGAGAGAAACCAUUUGGUUGUGAUGAUUGUGGGAAAAGAUUUUCACAUCAGGGAAGUCUGAAGUCACACAUGAGAAUUCACACAGGAGAGCACCCAUUCGGUUGUGAUGUUUGUGGGAAAACAUUUACAGAGCAGGGAAGUCUGAAGUCACACAUGAGAAUUCACACAGGAGAGAAACCAUUUGGCUGUGACGAUUGUGGGAAAAGAUUUAUACGGAAGGGCCAGUUGAACUUACACAUGACAGUUCACACUGGAGAGAAACCAUUUGGUUGUGAUCAUUGUGGGAAAAGAUUUAUACGGAAGGGGCACUUGAAUUUACACAUGAGAGUCCACACAGGAGAGAAACCAUUUGGUUGUGAUGAAUGUGGGAAACGAUUUACGGAAAAUGGAAGUCUUAAGAGACACCUGAGAGUUCACACAGGAGAGAAACCAUUUGGUUGUGAUGCUUGUGGGACAAGAUUUACAGACCAUGGAAGUCUGAGGAAACACAUGAGAAUUCACACAGAAAAGCAAAUUUUAAUAAACACCUGAAAGACCAAAAAGAAUAGAAACCUUUCUAUCCAGUUUUUUGUUGAAGGCAAAUGAAAUGAAUGUGUUGGUAAGAGACUGAGCAGCUUUCAUUCUUUUUUAUCGUUCCAUGUCUUUUAAUUUU